GGAUAGAGGGGGAAUUCGGUACACACAGCGUCUUUUUCUGUUUAUUCAAAAUUCUAAUUGUAAUUGUAAUUCAUUCAUAAACUAAUCAUAUCGUAUCAUACAUAGUCAUACUCAUACCAAUCACUGUAAAUCUGGAAAAAGCGUAAACAGUGUGGUUCAGUGGCAGAACACAGAGAUUAACAUAGCUGUUUCCCGUUAUUUUCCCACUUUUUCUUUCUCUCCUUCCUAUUUAUUGUGAUUAAGUCCCAAAGCUACUUGCUUUUAUACCUACAAUUGACUAGAGUCUCUCACUCAUUCUCCAACCGGAUCUACAACACAUUACACUGUGUGGUGUGCAGCCACGCACAGAAAUCAUUGCUGGGUUGCUCAGAAAUAAAUAUCAGAUAAUAAAGUUCCCAAAUUUUCAGUAUUUCUUCCAAUACUUGUUAUUGGGGUAUCGCAGAUCCUUCCACCAUUGCUGAACCCAUUAUUAUAUGAUCGGUUCUACAUGGCGAAACCAAGUUCAGCUGAUGGCAGGACUAGAAGCACUGUGCAGAUCUUUAUAGUAGUUGGUCUCUGCUGUUUCUUCUAUAUAUUGGGAGCGUGGCAGAGAAGCGGUUUUGGAAAGGGUGAUAGCAUAGCAUUGCAGAUUACCAAGAGUAAUACAGAAUGUGAGAUAGUACCAAAUUUAAGUUUUGACUCCCACCAUAGUGGAGAACUUAGCAAACUUGAUGAAGCUGAUUCGAAACCUAAGGUGUUUCAACCAUGCAAAGCAAAAUAUACUGAUUAUACCCCCUGCCAAGAUCAACGGCGAGCAAUGACCUUCCCUAGAGAGAACAUGAUCUAUCGAGAGAGACAUUGCCCACGUGAAGAAGAGAAGCUGCAUUGUUUGAUUCCAGCGCCCAAGGGGUAUGUUACUCCGUUUCCAUGGCCAAAGAGUCGUGAUUAUGUUCCAUAUGCAAAUGCUCCGUACAAGAGUCUUACAGUUGAGAAGGCUAUUCAGAAUUGGAUCCAAUAUGAGGGAAAUGUGUUCAGAUUCCCUGGUGGUGGAACCCAGUUUCCUCAAGGCGCUGAUAAAUAUAUUGAUCAACUUGCAUCUGUGAUACCUAUAGCUAAUGGGACAGUGAGGACUGCGCUAGAUACUGGUUGUGGGGUUGCAAGUUGGGGUGCGUAUCUUUGGAGCAGAAAUGUUAUUGCCAUGUCAUUUGCACCAAGGGAUUCUCAUGAAGCACAAGUUCAAUUUGCUCUUGAAAGGGGUGUACCUGCUGUAAUUGGUGUUUUGGGAACCAUAAAGUUGCCUUAUCCAUCUCGAGCCUUUGACAUGGCUCACUGUUCUCGCUGUUUGAUUCCUUGGGGAGCAAAUGGUGGAAUAUAUAUGAUGGAAGUUGAUCGAGUCCUAAGACCUGGCGGUUACUGGGUGCUUUCGGGCCCUCCAAUCAAUUACAGGGUUAAUUACAAAGCCUGGCAGAGACCAAAGGAGGACCUUGAGGAUGAACAAAACAAGAUUGAAGAGAUUGCUAAGAAACUUUGCUGGGUGAAGAGGUCUGAGAGGGCUGAGAUUGCUGUUUGGCAAAAGACUAUGGAUUCUGAGUCAUGUCGACGCAAACAAGAAGAUGCCGGUGUAAAUUUUUGUGAAUCUUCAGAUACUGAUGAUGUCUGGUACAAGAAAAUGGAGGCCUGCGUUACCCCAAGUCCUAAAGUUUCAGCUGGAGAUCUUAAACCAUUUCCGAGCAGGUUAUAUGCCAUUCCCCCUAGAAUUGCUAGUGGCUUGGUACCUGGAGUUUCUUCCGAGACAUACCAAGAUGAUAACCAAAAGUGGAAAAAACAUGUAAAUGCCUACAAGAAAAUUAAUAGACUGUUGGAUACCGGAAGAUAUCGAAACAUUAUGGAUAUGAAUGCUGGGUUGGGUAGUUUUGCUGCAGCUAUUCAAUCUCCCAAGUUAUGGGUCAUGAACGUUGUGCCUACCACAGCUGAGAAAAGUACCCUGGGGGUCAUAUAUGAGCGCGGCUUGAUUGGCAUUUAUCAUGAUUGGUGUGAAGCCUUUUCAACAUAUCCAAGGACAUAUGAUCUCAUUCAUGCCAAUGGCCUCUUUAGUCUGUACAAGGAUAAAUGUAAUGCAGAAGACAUUCUUCUGGAGAUGGACCGGAUCUUGCGGCCGGAAGGCGCCGUCAUAUUCCGCGAUGAAGUCGAUACCUUAAUAAAGGUAAAGAAAAUAGUUGCAGGAAUGAGAUGGGAUACCAAAAUGGUUGACCAUGAAGAUGGUCCUCUUGUUCCUGAGAAGAUACUAAUUGCUGUAAAGCAGUAUUGGGUUGUUGAUGGAAAUUCCACUUCUACACAAUAAUCACUGAAGACCAAGUUAAAUUACAAGCGUGCCCUUAGGCUUCCAGCACCUUUCUGUUUGAACUGAAGCCUUUGACAGUGGCUUUGUUAUGAAGCUAAAAGGGACUAUUAGAAGAGUUACAUGCACAAUUGUCACUUAGCUAAAUGCAGUGAAUUUAUCAAGGAAGCUGAAGUUCAAUGUUUAUGCUCCCUGGAAUCUCGGGAAUUUUUUGGUAGAAGUUGCUUAUCUUGUACAAUGUUACAUUAAAAAAACAAAGAUGUGUCUUCUUUUAAUUUAAUAGUUUUGUCGUUAUUAUAUGUUUGGGAAAAAAAAGGUUACAUUUGUUUUGGAACUUUAGUUUGAUGCAGUGUAUUAGACUAUUAGUGAUAAAUUUUCUUCAUUAA